GUUUGUAGGGAAGGUCGUUGUACCACUCGCUAGCAUCAGGUGGACGUUUCAAGACUCAUUACUUCCAAUGUCGGUGACAGCUUGUGUUUUCUUUGAUCUUAGACAUUAGCAAGUUAUUAUUUUCAUAUAUACAUUAUCCCGCCGAAGUGUCACUAUGAAGUUCUGUUUCUUUUAUUUUUCGGAUUUGAUUUAAGAUUUCAAACUAACGUGUCACGGUGGGUGUUGGGGAAAAGCGCGAAGUUUCGAUCGAGAAUUGAUUACAACAGGACAGAUAAACCAUUCGUCUGUGACCACACUCAACAACAAUGGGGAGAAAGAAAAUUCAGAUCUCACGGAUUCUUGACCAGCGAAACCGACAGGUGACCUUCACCAAGCGGAAGUUUGGGCUGAUGAAGAAGGCCUACGAGCUCAGCGUGCUGUGCGACUGCGAGAUCGCCCUCAUCAUCUUCAACAGCACUAACCGCCUCUUCCAGUACGCCAGCACCGACAUGGACAAGGUGCUGCUCAAGUACACCGAGUACAGCGAGCCCCACGAGAGCAGGACCAACGCAGACAUCCUGGAGACCCUGCGCAGGAAGGGCCUGGGGCUGGAUGGGGCGGAGCUAGACGCGGAGGAGGCCGUGCAGGUGGCUGCGGAGAAGUACCAGCAGCUGAACGAGGGCCUGGACCUCACCGUGGCACGCCAGCGAUACUACGCACCCCCUGUCCUCACUCCAGAGGCCCAGUACUUGGUGGCCACAGGCUGUGAGAACGGAUUCAGUCCCCCUGGCCUGGGGGCGCACCGGACCCCAGCCUUCAAGCCCGUCGGGCCGAAACUGGGCUCCCCGGGAGCACACCACACGCUCUCUUCUCUCGUACCCCCACACUCAGGCAUUGGCUACUCGAUGUUCUCCCAUGGCAACCUGAGCAGAGCUUUGGAGAUGAAGACUCCACCCCCCCUGAACCUGGGCUGUGAGAACCGGCGAGCCGAGGCACACCCCGGUCUGCCUGGUGCGCGCGCCAACCUGAGCAGCGCGAGGGUGCUUUACCAAGGCAUGCACUCUGGGAGCCAUUUGAUGGGCGUGGGCAAAGCGGGGCUUCUAGGUCACAGUCUGGGGGAGUACGGCCUCUCCCCUGCUGGCAUCCCUGAAUAUCCCCACCCGAGCUUCUCUCAUUCUGUGAACCUACAGCGAAACUCAGUGAGUUCCUGGCAGCCAGCACAGCACCAAGAGGCACACGCGUCUCACAUCGGUCCAGGAGUGCCCGAUGGAGGGUGUGCAUUUUCGGCGCAGACGUCCCCGUCCUGCUCGCCGGCUCAUUCCUCCCUCAACCUCAGCAUCAAAUCAGAGCGGCUCUCCCCAGAGCACACCUGCUCCCCGACCACGCCCCCUCUGCACCACAUGAUGCAUCACUCGCCUAUCAGCAGCGCGCAUUCCGUGGGCUCGAUCGCUCAGGAGCCGUAUGCAGCCAAUGAGAGGGAGGGCUUCCAUAAAGGGACGUACCCAGCUCAGCAUAAUGCGGCCAAGGCCCAGUCAGAAGAUAAGACUCGACCGCUCACUAGGCGAUUAGAGAUUGAGGAAGGGUGGCCCAGAUAGCUGGACGGCUGCUCCCGGGGGUUGGGAGUUGGGGGGUGGGUGGGGGUUGGGGGCUGACUCAUUAUUUUUAAAUAUCCCCGAGGACAGGGCCCACUGCUAGACCCUCCCUGUGGGGCCAUGAGCAUGUAUGUGACUCUGCAUUUCUCCCAGACACUGUGAGGAAAGAUGGUCUGGGUAUUUUGUGUUUAAUUAGCCCGUUGCCUUUCUGAGUGGAUGGGGGAGAGCAGGACUCCAUAACACUGUGUUCCCCUUGCCUGAGCUGCAAUAGACUGUAGAGUGCUGUGUGUGUGUGUAUAAUCUGGCCUGUUUGUUCAGUAUGCAGCAGUGUUUAAACUGACCUUUAUUUUGAAGCCUUUAAUGCCAUAUACACUUAAAUGGUUCAACAAAUAAACUGGGGGAAAUAUUCGUAAAGUGUCUCAGAAGAGGGGAUUGCGGAUCUAGGGUCAGGUUUCUCCUGCCCGUAGUCCAGACCUAUCCAGUCUGAGCCAAAUGGCAAAACUGAUCCUAGGUCAGUACUUCUGCUCUGAGACACUUCAUGAAUACAGGCCUCAAAUAUGUGCCCUGUUCAAUUCGUACACUGUGUCUGGGGCUAAGGCUAUAUUGAUCAAAAUCAAUAACUGGUGGUAUAACUGACGUGGCUGCCUCUUGAGACCAAUUACACAUGAGAACUUGUUCAGAAGGUUUUCCUCAUUUAUCAUUUGGACGUAAUUUCUGUACUCGGGUGUUCAAAUCGAUUACAUGAUGGAAAGGGAAACCAAUGAAGUAAUGUAGUGGACUGGUGUAUUGAAGAGCAAUUCAUUAAUUUGUCUCUCAGGGAAUUUUUGGUAUCAGAAAGUUUUUUUCUACCUUCAACAGUUAACAUAUUAUGAAAUAUGGUAACUAUUGAAAUUAUAGCUUUUAACAAGAACUUAACACUGUAAUGUUUUGUAUUUGUCUGGAGUUUUAAGGACACUUGAUUACAAUACAAAAUAAUGAAAAAAAAACAUGCAUUUGAAGACCAAAGGUUUAGGGAAGACAUAUUAUGUAAAUGUUAACAUUUUAUUUAAAGGAAAUUAAAUGCUUCUGUAACGAUAUUGCAAAACUGCUUUUGCUGUUAUGGGUUUUCCUGUCGCUCAAGGAAAGAAUUUUGUUUUCAGGUAUAAUUGCAAUUGUAUGUGAUUGAACAAUAUUACAAAAAUUCUUUCACUAUUGUGGAUUUUCCUGUUCAAGAGAAUCAUUUUGUUUUCAGGUGUAAUUGCGAGCAGUUAUACAUAACAAAAAGGUUCAUUUCUUAGGUUCAAAGACCAGUUUAUGUUCUUGUAUUUUUAUGUGCUCUUUUUAUUCUGCAACUAAGGAAAGAAAAGCUCUAAAAGAGGUUACUUGCACUGCUUUUUUAUUUAAUAGCUUUGAAACAAGUUAAGAUCUUUAACACUUUUGUUCUUUUAAUUCUUACAGUAGCUAUGAGCUUCUUCUUCUUUUUAAAAAGAUAAAGCACUCUUACUUUCCAAAGGGAACAGGGCUUUAUUAUGAGGAAAAGGGAGAGCGUGUUACUAUUUAGCCUUAUUCCAUUCACUCUUAAUUUUAAUUUAAAAUGCUUUAUGUGAAAAUUCUGUGCACUGAUUUAAUGGAGAUAAUUAUGGUUUUAUAAAAUGUUAGAUGUUAGAUUUUUUUACAUUCAAGUAGUAUCAUUGCUUUGUCUAGAAAUUACAUUUUAAAAUUAUCAUUAAACGUAAUGAUAAUUUUACGCUUUUCUUUAUUGUAUACACUAGAUGUAUUAAUGUUAUUUUUGUGUGCUGUCUUUUUUUUCUUUCUACGUUUGAGUGUUAUAAAAGUGGUAAACUUUGAAUUACGAAUGAUUAAAAGACCGUUUUGAAAACUGGCUAAUAAUAGAAAUGUUUCUGUUUUGCUGUUAUGCUAUCUGGUGUGCGUCAUCAUUGUUGCCCACAAGAGGUCACCCUGUCCCCUGGUGUUCAUUUCAGAGUCAAGUGUGGUCAUGUUUUAAUGCAAAUGCAUUCCUGUCAGAUCCAAACUUUGCUUCUCAUUAAUGGAUCCUUAUUGUUCCCUCACAAAAGAGACAUCUGAGGGGAGUGCCUGGGAAAGUUUAGCCGUGCGAUGCAGCCACGUCUCUCAUCCUUUAAAUUAUGCAGUAUGGCGGGUCAGCGCGAAUGGCUGUUUCCCACAAAUUGCUCGUUUGUGCCGCGUGUUUUUGUUGCUUUGACUAAAUUUUAAGAGAUUCGGCAGCGGUCUGAUCAGAAGAAUAUUUUCUCUGUUCAUUAUGCCUUAACUGACACUGAUUUAUAUUGGGAACAUAAAAAAUAAAAUCUAAACAUAAUUUCA